ACACCAUCGAGGGCAGACGUGUUGUUUGUAUCAUAGUCACGAGACCACUCCUCACCUAUUUGAGAAGCUACGCUCUCCUCAGGAGUGACUGUAUGUGGUGUAACCACUGCUAAGAAGAUGGUAAGUUACUAGAACCCUGUUGCUGUCCAUGACCUGUGUACACCAGAAAAUCAAAACAUUCAACGAUCAUCCCCCAGCCUUCCACCCAUCUGCCUCAGUUUCUUCAGAACAGAGAAGAUACUUCUAAGAAUCUCUCUCCUCCAUCAUGAAGGCUGUUAUACAGAGAGUACAUCGGGCUUCUGUCACAGUUGGGGAAGAUGUUAUUAGUUCCAUAGGAAGAGGCCUUUGUGUCCUGAUUGGCAUCCACAAGAAUGACACUAAGCAGGACAUGGAAUACAUGGUUCGUAAGAUACUGAAUACUCGGCUAUUUGAAGACAAGACUGGGAAACGAUGGCAGCUGGGUGUUAAAGAUGCUGGUCUUGAAAUACUUAGUAUCUCUCAGUUCACGUUGUAUUGUGAGCUUAAAGGCAAUAAACCCGACUACCGAUAUGCAAUGCCCGGAGAAUCCGCACAGCAAUUUUAUGAAGGCUUCAUGACUCAUCUAUGCCAACAGUAUAAGGGUGAUAUGGUGCAAGAUGGAAAAUUUGGGGCAAUGAUGCAAGUGCACAUUGAAAAUGAUGGACCUGUCACAAUCACUAUUGAAUCUCCUCAAAAGAAGACAAGUGAAAUGAAUGAUUAAUAAUGUACAACAAGGUUACCAGAACUUUAUUUAUUACUGAUAAUAAAACUUAAUGAGUUUACAAA